AGGUAUACAUUUAUAUUUCGAGUCAGUUACUGGAACUCUUUCAAAGUGUAUUUUUAUUUUUUAUCGGAUUUAAAAAAAAAAAUCACAUCCGAAAGGUAUGGACGGAAAAAAGCGAAACUACGGUCGUUUUUUGCAGUGUCAGGGGGAGGAUGACUCGGAUCGUUCGAUAGACGGUAGCCGCAUCCAAGAGCCUCCCUUCGACCUGAGGAACAGGUCCUCUCGCGGGUUGGGUGCCGGACUCAACUCGACUGGACUCUUUACCGCCGGUAGCCACGUCUGGCCAUUUGUCUUUGUGGCACCACCGCAGCAGCCGCCGCUCGCACACCACCCAGCCGCCGCGCCCCGCAGGAGCCACGAGGAGAAGCUUGCUCAGACACAGAUCAUCAAGCUACUGGCCAUCCAGGAGAAGACUCGCACGCUGGUCCGCAGCAUCAGCAAGCAGCUGCCCACCGCGGACCACCGCCGGCUAUUCCACGAGGAUGUGGUUCGCCAGCAGCUUCACAUGGAGCGUCAGCACCAGUCGCUGCUCAAACAGCGACUGCUCUCGGUGAAACGGGCGAACUCCGGCUCGGGCAUGCGACAGUAUGCCCCCAUAGUUAGACACCAUCCAUGGCCGCCCAUGACGCAGGAGAACUAUGACGCUUUGGAGGCUCGUUUGGUUGCGGACUUGGAAAAGCUAAGGCUGGCUGCUGCUGCCGCUGCCCAGACAAAAACACCCCGGCUGAGCCCGGAUGAGGAGACACCCACGAACUCCGACUCCAGCGAAUAGCAAAACAAGAAUUACGACAUUCCAAGAAGACACUAACACAGAAGUAUCUCCAAGCCGAUCCUCGAAGGAAAGAUUUCGCUUAUCUGCACAGCUACAGGAAAUGAAAGAAGGGGUUCUUUCCAAGCCAAGAAAUACCAAAGAAAAGAAGAAGAUAUACUCACAGCAAAUACCAUCUCCAAGUGAACACCAAGGAAAGAAAGCGAAAUCUUUCCCUACGAAAACAUUUAAGGAUUUUGAUGCCCAACACUACCUAGAGACACCCACAAAGGACACGUGGGGCAUAAUGAGAAGAAGAGCUGCCAUUCCCCCCACCCGACAAAGCGCACACAAUGAACCCGGAACUUUAUUAUUUCUUAUCGGCAUCGAAAUCCUUAAAGACGUCUAAAUUGGGACGAUAAAAAAGUGGAAAAAGCGAACUGAAACUGGAGAGAGAAACACACACACACAUACACAAAGGAAAACAAGAAAUUUGCUGACUUUGGGAGGAGGGAAAAAAACCAAGUGCAAACGAAACCGGGCCGAAACCGAGGCGAGGAUUUCGAAAGGACUUCAAGAGAACACGCCGCGUGGGUGCCCAAUUCUUCCGAAUGAACAGUCCCGGAGAACGAACCCGAACAGAAUCGAAGGGCGACGAAGGUUUAUGCAGACCCUAACCGAAAAAAUGUGUAUGUAUGUGUACACAGGCCCAGACUCCCAGAGACAGACAACAACAAAACUAAAGAAAUAAAAAACACGAGCAAAGAACCCCAAAAGCCGCCAACAAAAAAAGUUGAU